AGAGAGAGAGAGAGAGAGAGAGUGUGUGUGUGUGUGUGUGUUCAAGCAAAAGGAAGAGGGAUUGAAGCGAGCACGCUUCGAUCGUUCGGGACAUUUCAGGCAACAAAAUGAAGCUGGUUUGCGUGCAUCCUACAUGGUAUCACUGAGAAUUGCACAAGAAAAGAAACCUCACAACAUUGCAGAAAAGUUGAUAGUUCCUUGCUGCAAAGAUAUAAUACGUUGUGUUAUUGGUUGUGAUGCUGAGCAGAAGGUCACAUCAGUACCUCUCUCAAAUGAUACUGUUCAUCGACGAAUAGUAGAUAUGUCUGAGGAUGUCAAACAACAAGUAAUUGCUGAAUUAAAGGAAGCCUCUUUAGGAAAAUUUGCAAUCCAGCUUGACGAGUCGACUGACGUGGCUGCUUGUGCACAACUCCUGGUGUUUGUGCGAUACGUCACUGGUCAAGAUUUCAAGGAAGAGUUUUUGUUCUGUCAUACCUUGAAUACGACUACUAGAGGUGAAGACAUUUUCAAUGAAGUCUCAUUGUUUUUUGAGAAAGAAGGACUGUCUUGGAAUAAUGUAUGUGCAUGCACAACUGACGGAGCACCAGCAAUGCUUGGUCGUCGAUCAGGAUUUCGAGGAAGAGUGAAUCAGGUGAAUCCUGAAACCAAGCAUCUUCAUUGCAUGCUUCAUAGAUAUGCCCUGGCAUCCAAAACUCUCCCACCUGAUUUAAAAUUAGUCCUGGAUGAUGUUGUGCACAUGGUAAAUGCCAUCAAGUCAAGCGCCCUAAAUACAAGACUGUUUUCCCCUUCUGUGCCAAGAGUUUGGAAGUGA